AUGCGCCAAGGUUCCACAGGCCGCGACGUCCGACCUGAUUUGGAUGACGAUGGCAACCUAAAGAGCGGCAGCUAUGAGCCUGACGAGAGCGGCGACCCUACCCUGCCAUCACACUACAAGAGUGAUGACGGACACGAAUCAUCAAUUUCAGACGACGAUKAAGGUUCGGAAGGCUGGUGCCCCGAUCCUGGCGUGCAGGUGACACCGAACGACACCGUUCCGGAUGGCUACUUCGAAUGGCAAGGCAAAGACGGUGUUAUCCAUGUUGAUCCGAUUACCGAAGACGAGUAUGUACGGACUCCAGAAGAACGACUGCUUGAUCGUGGAGCCAUCUAUGGCACCGAGCCUGACCCGAAUGGGACGAUCGAGGUGACUGGUACAAACCCGAAGACCGGCCGUAAUGUUGCUGUGGACGUUGAAACGAAAGUCAAGUACAUCGAGAUCACCCCAGCAGGACGCCGGCCGUACCUGAAGCCAGUGAAAGGUCAGAGGAUGAGAGAUGAGUACGCCGCAGCAGUCGCGGAAGAGAGACGCAACACCCAUGGAGGAGAACGCCCGUCUCUGAUCGUCACGCUCAAGGUCAAGACUGAGCUUGGAAUUUCCAAGAAGAGUGCUCCCAAGGCUAAGCCCAGACCCAAGGAGUCUACUAGGCCGCCUCUCCUUGUCGUGCCUCAAUAA